UAGUGAGGACUACACCCAAGCCUGUGUCUGGUCUCAGCGGCUUCUCUUCGUUGCCUAGACCAGAAGAAAGCCUGGACGUGACGGAGCCGUGGGGUGUUGCUUGCUGGAGGCCCGUUAACCACCAAAAACUACCGCUUCUUCUUCGUUGAAGAAACGACCGUGAUUUAUCUUCACUCGCCGUACUUUAUUCCCAUCCUAGAACUAAUAUCACUAACAUGUCUUGGCAAAGCUACGUGGACAACCUGAUGUCUGAUGGCAGCUGCCAGGACGCGGCCAUUAUGGGCUACACGGACGCCAAAUACGUCUGGGCAGCGUGUCCCAGCGGUACCUUUAACAACAUAACGCCAGCUGAGAUCGAUGUGUUAGUAGGAAAGGACCGAGAGGGAUUCUUCACCAGUGGGAUGACCUUAGGUGGUAAAAAGUGCUCAGUAAUCAGAGACAGCCUGCAAAUUGAAAAUGACUGGACAAUGGACAUCCGGACAAAGAGUCAAGGAGGAGAGCCAACAUACAAUAUUUCUGUAGGCAAAGCAGCCAAAGCAUUGGUUGUUGUCAUGGGGAAAGAAGGUGUCCAUGGAGGACAGCUCAACAAGAAAGCAUUUCAGAUGGCUGAAUACCUGAGGAAGUCCUCCUACUAAAGCAACCUGUAACCAGCUACCUAGCAGUUCACCCUUGCCACCCUGUUGCAUUUCACACUACUUCCAGUCCUAGUUUGUAGUUUUUGUUUUUCUGCCUUCUCUCCUCCUAUUUUACCCUUGAACCCCUUUCCUCCACACAUUUGCUCUGUGUAUUCCUAUAUCUCCUCCUUUCAAGCACUUAUGUUGAUCUAUAGCUAAGAUGAGCAUGUUGCUAAAACAGGAUGUCAUGACAAAUCUGUACUUAACCGAGACCAGCAAAGAAAAACCAUACGAUUUUGGCAGAACACAAAGGAAGCUUUAGUAUCAAUUAAAAUAUUUUUUUUUCUUCCCUUUUGUGUUUCUUGGUACCUACCACUAACUCCUCACAGAUCAUACACACUCCCUCCUUGAGCAGCCUAUGCCUUUGGAGCAUUUGAGCUCUUAACAAAGCUCGUUGUCUUCCUUUUAUUUCCUCCAUGUCCAGGAGGGGAGAUUGUGCAUAUCUGUUAUCCUCUACAAACCUCACACUAACCUCCUCCUUGCCAAAUUAUUUAGCUCCUCCAUGGUUUUGGCUUGAAUCGGAUGACACUACAUGAUUUCUAACCUUUUAUUGAACACUACCCACCGCUUCCAACAGAGUACUGUCCUGAACCAGUUUUGAUAAUGUGGGGGUCUGUGCUUGGGAUCAGUUCAGCUCAUGUCAUCCAGAUGUAGAUGGCUGCUCCCCCCUGGCAUCACAACCUUCCCAACUAUACAGUCCAUGGACAUUCCACAAUAACGGGCUCAGAUGCUUAACACUGUUUAGUUCUCAAUCUUCUCUGUUUUUUUUUUUUUUUUUUGGACAGUUUAUAUCCCAGCAUAAAACAAUCUGGAGUGUGUCCAGUUUGAAUAUUUUUAUUUUUUUGUUUUCUUUUUAUAGGACCAAGUGUAGUUGCAGGCCGGGUGUUUAUACAACUGCUCUAAAUCAUGUGAAGGAUGACUAACUUUUUUCUGAUGAAGGAAACUAACCAGGCAGAGAUGUUGUGGUUAAAACUAAAGGGGGGGGGGUCCAGGGCAGGUAAGGGUGGGAGAAUCUGAAAAAUCCUCACUACUGUUAAAACGAAUGCAUUUGUACAAACCCAUGCUGUGUUGACAACUACGUAACUGUGGAAUAAAUUGCCUUUAGUCAGCUGAGCUAUGGGGGGCAUCAGUCCACGCUCAGAGCUGCUAACUGUAACGUCCAACUGAAAAACAACUAACUUCUAAAAGUAGAAAUGACACUUGAUGGGAGAUGGUGGUAUUGGUUGGAACAAAGAUGCUCAUGGUUGUCUUGUUGAAACAUAACUGCAGAACCUGUGUAUCCUGUGCCAUAAUGUAGAGAUCUGUAAGAUGGAUUUUGCCCACUUGGUUAAGGAGUCGUUUCAUCGGCACUUUUUUGGUAGCUUCAGCUCCACUGUUUAGGCCUUGUGGGAUGUGUGUACUCCAUAAACACUGUUCAAGUCCUGUUUGCUGAUCUGUUCAUUUUGUUUUCUCACCACUUUUAUUUUAUUUUUUUUCUUACAUCUGGGAUACAGUCUUUAAUGCAUCUGUCAUAUGCAUAAACCAAGAAAUGCCAUACAUUGAUUUAUCACCUUGUUUACAGACAGAUCAAAUAAAUUUAUUCCAACCAGA